AUGGCAGUACCAUUAUAAGUAUAUGAGUUAGGAAAUGCAUGCAAAAAGUUUUUAUUUUCAGCAGAGUUAAUAGGUAUGCUUACACUUUUAACUUUUCAAAACAAGUUGACUUUAAUUAUUGGAAUCAGAUUAUUGAUUGAGACUUUUGCUGCAGGAUAUUUUUAUCUUAAAUGUAGUGAUUCUGCUGGUGAGCCAAUCUAAGAAUAAUAAGAUUAUGAAAUGGGUGAAAUAUCAUUUUCAAGUUAAAGAGGAGACAAUGGAUAAUUUGAAUCUUAAACACCUGAUAGAAAUGAAUGUUAAGAAUGCAAAAUUGUUUAACCCUAUAGAACAAAACAUUGUUCAAAAUGUUAGAAAUGUAUUCCUAAAUAUGAUCAUCAUUGUUUCUGGAUUGGAGGAUGUGUAGGUGAAUUGAAUCAUAGAAUGUAUUGGUUAUUUCUUUUCUUUCAAUGUUUACUCUGCUUUGAUGCAUUACUAUAAUUUCAGAAUUAAUUUACAUUCUAUUCAAUUUAUGAUGAAGAAUUUGGACAUGAUUAAUACUAACCAUACUAUUUUUUUAUUUUGAUUAUGGCAGCAACAUCUUUUGGGUUUGGAAUAUUCACUGGGACUUUACUUAUUUAUCACACUAUGUUGAUCUUGACAGGUAAAACUACUUGGGAACAUACAAAAAGAGAUAAGAUUUCAUAUCUCAAUUUUUAUCCAAAAUAUUAUCACCCUUACAAUUAUGGUUUCAUAGAGAAUAUCAAAUUAACAUUUUUUCAUAAAAGUAUUCUAUCUCAUUGGAUACCACCACAAAAAGAUUAAAUUUAAGAAUAAUGUAAUAUAUUUGAUAACAAAUAUUACUCUUGUUGUUGA